AUUUUUUUUAAUAAAUACACGUAUCCAACCGUCCCGUAUCCUCAUUUUAUGAAAAUUGAUAAAUCCUAAUAUCAGUAUCGUUGCAUCGUAGAUAAAAACCAAUUCAACUUCUAUCCAUGUCUAAUCCUUCUUCUAAUCCUCUGAAUUCUACUCUUCUCCCUCACUGAUCUCUGUCCUUACAGAUUUUGAAUCCUACACACGUCAUGAAAAUUGACUCUCUCUGUAACCCUAAUUAGGGUUCCUUAUACCUCCUCCCUUGACCCUUCCAGCCAAGAGUAAUUAUUAUUUCUCGAUACAUUGAGGGAAGAAUGGCGGGUAAUUUCCGUCCUGGUUCGGAUUCACUGAGUUUGAGAUCGAGUAUUUCCGUUUUACUUUUGUAUUGAUGGUGGAGGUAGCUCUUAAAAACAACCGGGGUGUAUCUACAAUGUUGAACGAGCACAGUAAGCAAAAGGCGAGCCGGCAAAAAAGAAGGAACAAGGAUAAGGAGUUGAGGGUGAAGAAGAAAAACAACAAAAGGGGAAGUAGGAGGAGGAAUAAGAAGAUGAUUAGUAAGACAUUGAAGAAGAGGAGGCAUAUCAGGGUCGAUAAUAAUCCAGAUAACCCCACCACUAGAUUAAUUGCUGAUGAUGUGGUGGUGGUUUUACUGAGCAGACUCCCGGUGAAAUUACUUUUGCGUUUCAAGUGUGUCUGUAAGCGUUGGAAAUUGAUUAUCGAAGAUCCACACUUUAUCCAUUCACACCUUACCCAUUCAGAAACACGUCCUGGUCUCUUUGUACUCCUUCCAAAGAGUACUUCAUGGGAAGGGGGUUGCGCAAGGGAUUAUGAGUCUUUCAUUUCAGCUGAUUUGCACUUCAGUGGCAGAGCAGCAAAUGUUCACACCAUAUGGAAAACAAAGUUGUCGUAUCGUCAAAUUCUGGGACCCAUUACUGGUUUGGUCUGUUUCGUUGACAGCUGCGCUGUUCAAAUACACAAUGUCAGCACAAUGGAAUCAACACCAUGGAUCAAGUCAAAAGUGCGCAUGAAUCUAGAGAAAGAUGGUUGCAUUGUGAACAUUUUAGAGGAACCGACAUGUUAUUUUGGUUUCGAUCCUACUACCAAGAAACAUAAAGCUAUUUUUGUGUGGUGUAGAGGUAAAUUCCGAAAUUUUCCAGUUUGUGAGGUCUUGACAGUAGGGAAUAAUACAUGGAGAAUAAUCGACGAGGCACUGCCAUACAGUAUCUUAGGAAAUAUCACUCAGUAUGCAAAUGGUUCCAUAUAUUGGCUUAUACAGCGUCCUUGGGUAAUGGCAUUUGAUAUAGGAAGUGAGAAGUUUAGGGUGAUCCGAGCUCCCAAAUUCACAGUAGAGAAUGAGUUAGGGUUCCAGAGAUUCUCAGAAGUGGAUGGGUGUCUAGCCAUCGUAUGUCAAGAUGAACAAAUAGUCAAUAUGUGGAUAUUGCAUGAUCAUAAUAAAGAGAAUGGAUCAUCUACUAGUAGCAGUAGUGAAAAAGAUUGGACUCAACUGACUAUCACACUUCCUUCUAAUAACCGGGAAGAUUGGUGGUUUGUUUAUUUUUAUUCUGUUGCCGGAACAGAUCAGAUAAUCUUAGAAACCUAUAGAGAUCCUGGCCCGUUUGGGUUCAGGAGGAAUGCAAAGCUUGCCAAAUUUUAUUUUUAUGAUCUUAAACAGAAGACGUUCAAGAAGUUUGAGGUCGAUGGGAUUUCCUUCUUUUCGGAAUAUAGCAGGACUGAAUGUGUCUCAACCUUCGUAGAAAGCCUUCUGCCUGUUCAGAAGAAGUUGUAACCCACCGUGAGCCGAACCUUCAAGUGAAUCAACUUUCUGGGUUCUUAAUGAAUGAUGGUCACAGCCGAGCCUUCAACUUACUCUGUCAUUGAUGGUCACAGCCGAGCCUUCAAGUGAACGGACUUUCUUUUUUUAUGUUUAUAGAUAGAUUACUUAGUUUAACUAGUCUUCUGUUUACUGUCUUUGAUGUUCACAGCCGAACCUUCAAGGGAAUCAACUUUUUUUUUUUUUAUGUUUACCGCCCUGAUGGCACGGAGGACUUUAGGAAUAAAACAAAUUAUUAAUAUUCAAAGCUUAAUGUAAUCCCUUUUAGAAGAAGAAUUUCAUUAAUUAAUUUUUUUU